AUAUCUCCUAUGCCCUUUUAAUCGCUCCUCAACACUUUCACUCCCAUUUUCUUUGCCUAUUCCUCUUAUCAUCGUCUGGGUUUUCUUUUAUACAAUCUCUUGAUUUUCUUUUAGUUUGUUUGAUUAACAAUGGCAGAUCAGGAGAGUAGACAAAAUCCGAGACCUGAAUCGGUCACUGUAGAAGCAAAUCAGCCUGAAACAAGAAGAAAUAAUCUUCCAAACUUUCUUUUAUCAGUUAGACUCAAAUAUGUGAAAUUAGGUUAUCAUUAUUUAAUCUCCAAUGCUAUGUAUCUUUUGCUAAUUCCGCUUUUAGCUAUUUCUUCAGCUCAUCUUUCUACAAUUACUAUUGAAGAUUUAGUUCAGCUAUGGAACCAUCUCAAGUUCAAUCUUGUUUCAGUUACUCUUUGUUCGGGUUUUGUUGUUUUCUUGGCUACCCUUUACUUUACGAGUCGGCCAAGGAAAAUAUACUUGGUAAAUUUUGCAUGUUACAAGCCUGUACCGGCUCGAAUAUGCACGAGAGAAAAUUUCAUGGAGAAAUCAGCACUUGCCGGCAGCUUUACAGAAGAGAACUUGGCUUUUCAAAAGAAGAUUCUAGAGAGGUCUGGAUUAGGGCAAAAGACAUACUUGCCAGAGGCAGUGAUGCGGGUUCCACCGAAUCCAUGUAUGGAGGAGGCAAGAAAGGAGGCUGAAACUGUGAUGUUUAGUGCCAUUGAUGAGCUCUUGGGCAAAACUGGUGUUAAAGCUAAAGACAUAGGAAUUCUUAUUGUUAAUUGUAGUUUGUUCAAUCCGACGCCGUCUCUCUCUGCUAUGAUUGUCAAUCAUUACAAGCUUAGAGGAAACAUUCUGAGCUAUAAUCUUGGUGGUAUGGGCUGCAGUGCCGGUCUUAUUUCUAUUGACCUUGCCAAACAGCUCCUACAGGUUCACCCCAACUCCUAUGCCCUAGUGGUGAGUAUGGAGAAUAUUACUCUAAAUUGGUACUUCGGCAAUGACCGAUCAAUGCUUGUCUCAAACUGCCUCUUCCGAAUGGGCGGCGCAGCCAUACUUCUCUCCAACAAGUCGUCGGACCGCCGUCGCUCAAAGUACCAACUCAUCCAUACAGUCCGCACGCACAAGGGUGCUGAUGAUAAGUGUUACAAUUGUGUGUUUCAGAGAGAAGAUGAGGGUGAGAAAAAAAAGAUAGGUGUCUCACUUUCUAAAGACCUAAUGGCUGUUGCAGGAGAAGCUCUUAAAACUAAUAUAACCACUUUAGGGCCAUUAGUCCUUCCAAUGUCUGAGCAACUUCUAUUUUUUGCAACUUUAGUUGCAAGAAAAGUCUUCAAAAUGAAAAUAAAACCCUACAUUCCAGAUUUUAAAUUGGCAUUUGAGCAUUUCUGCAUUCACGCAGGAGGGAGAGCUGUUUUAGAUGAGUUAGAGAAGAAUCUUGAUUUGACUGAAUGGCAUAUGGAGCCUUCAAGAAUGACUCUUUAUAGAUUUGGUAAUACUUCAAGUAGUUCUUUAUGGUAUGAAUUGGCUUAUUCAGAGGCUAAGGGGAGAAUCAGAAGAGGUGAUAGGACAUGGCAAAUUGCAUUUGGGUCAGGAUUCAAGUGUAACAGUGCUGUUUGGCAGGCAUUGAAGACUAUUAAUCCUGCAAAAGAAAAAAGCCCUUGGAUUGAUGAAAUUCAUGAAUUUCCUGUUCAUGUUCCUAAAGUUGUUUCCAUUUCUUCUUCAAGCUAGCUAGAUCAAUUUAUAUCCAUGAUUCAUCAUCAUCAUCAUCUUAUUUGAUUAAUUAAUUUCCAUAUAAGGAGAUUAAUUAGUCUCAAAAUGGUGUUCUAGUUAAUUUGAUAUUUGAAAACUUUGUGAUUUUUUUAACCUGAUGAUAUAUUGUUAGUUGAUGAAGCAAAUAGCCAGGAAGAUCUUUUAAGUUUCCAUGUUUGAAUUGAAAUUUGUUGAAUAAAAUGUUUAUUGUAUAGUCUA